AUGGCGUCUCUGCCUCCUCCCCCUCCUCCAGGAUGGGGUGCAGCUCCUCCCUCGAUGACGAUGGCGCCGCCGCCUCCGGGCUACCAACCACCGGCCGAUCCCAAUGUCGCAAAGUUCGCGCAAAAGAAGCACGAGUGGUUGCGCACGCAGCGCAGUCGCUUCGGUGAGAAGCGGAAGGCUGGAUUUGUUGAGACACAGAAGGCAGACAUGCCGCCAGAGCAUCUGCGAAAGAUUGUCAAAGACAUUGGUGAUGUUUCGCAAAGAAAGUACACCAAUGAGAAGCGCAGCUACCUCGGCGCGUUGAAGUUCAUGCCACACGCUGUCCUCAAGCUGCUCGAGAAUAUGCCGAUGCCUUGGGAGGCGGCCCGUGAAGUCAAGGUUUUGUAUCAUGUCAACGGAUGCCUAACCAUCGUUAACGAAACGCCGCGCGUAAUCGAACCCGUGUUCCAUGCUCAAUGGGCUACGAUGUGGAUGUGUAUGCGGCGCGAGAAGAGUGACCGACGCCAUUUCAAGCGCAUGCGUUUCCCUCCGUUUGACGACGAAGAGCCUCCUCUUUCGUGGUCGGAGAAUAUCGAAGACGUUGAGCCGCUGGAGCCUAUCCAGAUGGAGCUUGACGAAGACGAGGAUGGAGCUGUCUACGAAUGGUUUUACGAUCACCGACCUCUCCUUGACACUCCUCACGUGAAUGGACCUAGUUACAAGACUUGGAAUCUUUCGCUCCCACAGAUGGCAACUCUCCAUCGUUUAAGCCACCAACUGCUUAGCGAUGUUGUCGAUCAGAACUACUUCCACAUGUUCGAUUUGAACAGCUUUUUCACGGCAAAGGCUUUGAACGUAGCCAUCCCAGGAGGUCCCCGCUUCGAGCCUCUGUACAAAGACAUCGAUCCGAACGACGAGGAUUUCAGCGAAUUCAAUGCGAUCGAUCGCAUCAUUUUCCGCGCCCCUAUUCGAACCGAAUACCGCGUGACCUUCCCAUUCCUUUACAAUACCCUCCCCCGCAGCGUAAAGGUCGCUUGGUACUCCCAUCCUCAAGUGGUCUAUGUCCGUACUGAGGACCCGAAUCUACCCGCCUUUUAUUUCGACCCUGUCAUCAAUCCUAUAUCUUCCCGCUCUGUUGCACCAAAAAACAUCACUGUUAGCCACGAGGAUGAGAUUUUCGGCAUCGGCAACGACGAGGACGAGUUUGAGCUGCCCGAUGAGGUUGAGCCAUUCUUCGACGACGAGGAUCUCUACACCCCGGACACUGCUUCGGCAAUCGCUCUCUGGUGGGCUCCUCAUCCUUUUGACAAGCGAUCCGGAAAGAUGGUGCGUGCACAGGAUGUGCCUUUGGUCAAGCAAUGGUACCUGGAGCAUUGUCCCCAGGGCCAGCCCGUCAAAGUCCGCGUUUCUUACCAGAAAUUGCUGAAAACAUACGUGCUCAACGAACUGCACAAGAAUAAGCCCAAGCCUCAGAGCAAGCAAAAUCUCCUCAAGACUUUGAAGACGACCAAGUUCUUCCAGCAAACCACGAUUGACUGGGUUGAGGCUGGUCUGCAAGUCUGCCGGCAGGGUUUCAACAUGCUUAAUUUGCUGAUUCACCGAAAGAACUUGACCUACCUGCAUCUUGACUACAAUUUCAACUUGAAACCAGUCAAGACCUUGACCACCAAAGAGCGCAAGAAGUCACGUUUCGGCAAUGCAUUCCAUCUCAUGCGUGAAAUUCUACGAUUGACCAAAUUGAUCGUCGAUGCUCAGGUUCAGUAUCGGCUCGGUAACAUUGAUGCCUUCCAGCUGGCUGAUGGCAUCUUGUAUGCCUUCAACCACGUUGGUCAACUCACUGGUAUGUAUCGGUACAAGUACAAACUGAUGCAUCAAAUUCGUUCUUGCAAAGACUUGAAGCAUUUGAUUUAUUACCGCUUUAACUCAGGACCGGUCGGCAAGGGGCCAGGUUGCGGUUUCUGGGCUCCUGCCUGGCGUGUGUGGUUGUUCUUCAUGCGCGGAAUUAUCCCUCUCCUUGAGAGAUGGCUUGGAAAUUUGCUUUCCCGUCAGUUUGAGGGUCGCCACAGCAAAGGUGUCGCUAAGACAGUCACGAAGCAGCGAGUCGAGUCCCACUUCGAUCUUGAACUUCGUGCAUCCGUCAUGGCUGAUCUCAUGGAUAUGAUGCCCGAGGGAAUCAAGCAGAACAAAGUCAACGUUGUGUUGCAGCACUUGUCCGAAGCUUGGAGAUGUUGGAAGAGUAACAUUCCUUGGAAGGUCCCUGGACUUCCAGCGCCCAUUGAGAACAUCAUUCUCCGAUACGUCAAAAGCAAGGCUGAUUGGUGGAUUUCCGUUGCCCACUACAAUCGUGAGCGGAUUCGCCGCGGUGCGACCGUUGACAAGACAGUGGCAAAGAAAAACCUUGGUCGUCUGACUCGUCUCUGGCUGAAGUCAGAGCAAGAGCGCCAGCAUAACUACCUGAAAGAUGGUCCGUAUGUGUCGUCUGAGGAGGCCGUGGCCAUCUACACCACCAUGGUCCACUGGCUCGAGUCCCGCAAGUUUUCGCCUAUUCCUUUCCCCAGCGUUUCAUACAAGCAUGAUACCAAGAUUCUUAUCUUGGCCCUUGAGCGUCUUCGCGAAUCAUACUCUGUCAAGGGUCGUUUGAAUCAGAGCCAGCGAGAAGAACUCGCCCUCAUCGAACAAGCCUACGACUCCCCUGGCACAACACUAGCCAGAAUCAAGCGCUUCCUUCUGACUCAGCGUGCAUUCAAGGAGGUUGGCAUCGACAUGAACGACAACUACAACAACAUCAAUCCGGUCUAUGACAUUGAGCCAAUUGAGAAGAUUACCGACGCAUAUCUAGACCAGUAUCUCUGGUACCAGGCUGAACAGCGUCACUUGUUCCCUGCUUGGAUCAAGCCGUCAGACUCCGAGGUUCCCCCGCUUCUGACAUACAAGUGGACUCAGGGAAUCAACAACCUAUCCAACGUGUGGGAGACAGCAGAUGGCGAGACGAAUGUGAUGAUCGAAACUGAGCUUUCGAAGGUCUAUGAGAAGAUUGAUCUUACUCUUCUGAACCGCAUGCUUCGCCUCAUCAUGGAUCACAAUCUUGCAGAUUACAUCACCUCAAAGAACAAUGUGCAGCUGAGCUACAAAGACAUGAACCACACAAAUAGCUAUGGUCUCAUUCGUGGCUUGCAGUUUUCUGGGUUCGUGUUCCAGUACUACGGUCUGAUGAUCGAUCUCUUGCUCCUUGGCCUUCAGCGAGCCAGCGAGAUGGCAGGUCCUCCUCAGAGCCCGAAUGAUUUCCUGCAGUUCCGCGACAAGGCUACCGAGACCCGUCACCCAAUUCGACUCUACACCCGUUACGUCGACAAGAUUUGGGUCUUCUUCCGAUUCCAAGCAGACGAGUCUCGCGAUCUCAUUCAGCGAUUUUUGACGGAGAAUCCUGAUCCCAACUUUGAAAAUGUGAUCGGGUAUAAGAACAAAAAAUGCUGGCCGCGCGAUUGUCGUAUGCGCUUGAUGCGUCAUGACGUGAACCUCGGUCGCGCUGUCUUUUGGGACUUGAAGAAUCGCCUUCCCAGGUCUAUCACUACCAUUGAUUGGGAUGAUACUUUCGCCAGUGUUUACAGCAAGGACAACCCGAACCUGCUGUUUUCCAUGAACGGGUUUGAGGUCCGCAUUCUUCCCAAGAUCCGGAAUCAAAACGAAGAAUUCUCGGUCAAGGAUAGUGUGUGGUCUCUUGUGGACAGCUCGACCAAAGAACGAACUGCCCACGCAUUCCUUCAAGUGACCGAGGAGGACAUUCAGAAGUUCAACAACCGCAUCCGACAGAUUUUGAUGUCUUCUGGAUCGACUACUUUCACAAAGAUUGCAAACAAGUGGAACACAGCUCUUAUUGCUCUCUUCACCUACUAUCGCGAGGCUGCUGUUUCCACUGUCAAUCUGCUUGAUACCAUAGUCAAGUGUGAGACCAAGAUCCAGACCCGCGUCAAGAUCGGACUUAACUCGAAGAUGCCCUCGCGCUUCCCUCCUGCCGUAUUCUACACACCAAAGGAGCUGGGAGGACUGGGUAUGAUAUCUGGAUCUCACAUUCUUAUCCCUACUAGCGACAAACGCUGGUCGAAGCAGACUGACACUGGAAUCACCCAUUUCCGUGCUGGUAUGUCGCACGAUGAAGAAACCUUGAUUCCCAAUAUCUUCCGAUACAUCAUCCCCUGGGAAGCGGAAUUCAUCGACUCCCAGCGCGUUUGGAUGGAGUAUUCCCAGAAGCGUCUGGAGGCCCAGCAGCAGAACCGCCGAUUGACGCUUGAAGAUCUUGAGGACAGUUGGGACCGUGGUCUUCCACGUAUCAACACUCUGUUCCAAAAGGAUCGUAGUACGCUCAGCUUCGACAAGGGUUUCCGACUCCGUGCUGAAUUCAAGCAAUACCAGUUGAUGAAGAGUAAUCCCUUCUGGUGGACAAGUCAGCGACAUGAUGGUAAACUCUGGAACUUGAACGCCUACCGAACUGAUGUCAUCCAGGCACUGGGCGGUGUUGAAACCAUUCUUGAGCAUACUCUAUUCAAGGCAACAGCUUUCCCGUCAUGGGAGGGUCUCUUCUGGGAGAGAGCUUGUCUUGCAAAGGGGACUCGACUCCUCCGUUACGACGGCUCUGAGGUUAACGUUGAGGACGUUAAGGAGGGCGAUCAGCUUCUGGGUCCUGACGGCCAGCCUCGUAUUGCAUUCAAUAUCGUGAGUGGCGAGGACCGUUUGUACCGCAUCAAACUUGGCGCCUCAAAGGAAGACCUAGUUGUCACUCCCAACCAUAUUCUGGUUCUGCACCGCGAGAGAAGCGAAAACGCGGAGCAAUACGAUACUGUCGAGAUGACAGCGGAAGAAUUUGCUUCGCUUUCCCCCGAAGUGCGCAGUACCUACCGUGCUUUCCGCUCACCAGAGUUCGCGCACCCCGAUCAGAAAGUCCCUGGGGAACCCCAGAUGCACAACUUCACGAUCGAGGAUAUCAGCCUGGAAGCGCAUGCAACACAAUGGGCUGGUUUCCGAGUCGACAAAGAUCAGCUCUACUUGCGUCACGAUUACCUUGUCCUGCACAAUUCUGGAUUCGAAGAGAGCAUGAAAUUCAAGAAACUCACCAACGCCCAAAGGUCUGGUUUGAAUCAGAUUCCCAAUCGUCGUUUCACUUUGUGGUGGUCUCCCACUAUCAAUCGUGCCAACGUCUACGUCGGUUUCCAAGUCCAACUUGAUCUGACUGGUAUCUUCCUGCACGGCAAGAUUCCCACUCUGAAAAUCUCUUUGAUUCAGAUUUUCCGCGCCCAUUUGUGGCAGAAGAUUCAUGAAUCUGUGGUUAUGGAUCUCUGUCAGGUCUUCGACCAAGAGUUAGAGCAGCUCGGAAUUGAGGCUGUGCAGAAGGAGACUAUUCAUCCUCGUAAGUCAUACAAGAUGAAUAGCUCCUGUGCCGAUAUCCUUCUUUUCGCGACAAAUAAGUGGAACGUGACACGUCCUUCGUUGUGCUUCGACACGAAGGAUGUAUACGAGCCAACCACAACGAACAAGUUCUGGCUUGAUGUGCAACUCAGGUACGGCGACUACGACUCUCACGACAUCGAGCGCUACGUUCGUGCCAAGUACCUCGAUUACACGACCGAUAGCAUGAGUAUCUACCCAUCUGCGACUGGACUGAUGGUUGGCAUUGACCUUGCCUACAAUCUGUGGUCUGCUUACGGUCAAUACUUCCCGGGCCUGAAGACUUUGAUUCAGCAAGCUAUGGCCAAGAUUAUGAAGGCAAACCCUGCACUCUAUGUCCUUCGCGAGCGUAUCCGCAAGGGUCUUCAAUUGUACGCGUCCGAGAGCAACCAGGAAUUCCUGAAUUCCCAAAAUUACUCUGAACUUUUCAGUCCCCAAAUCCAGCUGUUCAUUGAUGACACCAACGUGUAUCGUGUCACGAUCCACAAGACAUUCGAAGGUAACUUGACCACCAAGCCUAUCAACGGUGCGAUCUUCAUCUUCAAUCCUCGCACUGGACAGCUGUUCCUGAAGAUCAUCCACACCAGCGUUUGGGCCGGUCAGAAGCGUCUUGGUCAGUUGGCGAAAUGGAAAACUGCCGAAGAAGUUGCUGCUCUCAUUCGAUCUCUCCCUGUUGAAGAGCAACCGAAGCAGCUGAUUGUCACUCGCAAGGGUCUUCUUGAUCCUCUCGAGGUUCACCUGCUUGACUUCCCCAACAUUUCAAUUCGAGCCUCCGAACUUCAGCUGCCCUUCCAAGCUGCUAUGAAGGUGGAGAAGCUGGCAGACAUGAUUCUUCGAGCCACGGAGCCCCAGAUGGUUCUGUUCAACUUGUACGAUGAGUGGCUCAAGUCCAUCUCUCCCUACACAGCCUUCUCUCGCCUCAUCCUGAUCCUUCGUGCUCUUCAUGUCAACAUUGACAAGGCCAAGAUUAUCCUUCGACCCGACAAGACUGUGAUCACUCAGGAACAUCACAUCUGGCCUUCGCUGUCCGAUGAGGACUGGAUCAAAGUCGAAGUCCAACUCCGUGACUUGAUCUUGAACGACUAUGGCAAGAAGAACAAUGUCAACGUACAGAGUCUGACCAGUUCUGAAGUUCGUGACAUCAUUCUGGGUAUGGAGAUUAGUGCGCCCUCUCUUCAGCGUCAGCAGGCCGCCGAGAUCGAGAAACAGCAGGAAGAAGCCAAGCAGUUGACAGCUGUCACGACUAAGACCCAGAAUGUUCGCGGAGAAGACAUCAUUGUCACGACCACCUCGCAAUAUGAACAGCAAUCUUUCGCUUCGAAGACUGAAUGGCGUACCCGCGCCAUUGCCACGUCGAAUUUGCGCACUCGGUCCAACAACAUCUACGUGUCAUCCGACGAUAUUCGCGAAGAGGGCUACACUUACAUCAUGCCCAAGAAUAUCCUGAAGCGAUUUAUUACCAUUGCCGAUCUCCGUGUUCAGGUUACUGGUUACAUCUAUGGUAGCUCACCCCCUGACAAUGACCAGGUUAAGGAGAUCCGCACUAUUGUUAUGGUUCCCCAGGUUGGAAAUACUAGGGAUGUGCAGUUACCCCACCAGCUUCCUCAACACGACUACCUGAACGGCCUGGAGCCACUGGGUGUGAUUCACACUGUCUCUGGAAAUGAGCCACCGUACAUGUCUGCGGCGGACGUGACGCAGCACGCCCGCCUGAUGAACUCCCAUUCUUCUUGGGAAAAAAAAACCGUCACCAUGACAGUGUCUUUCACCCCAGGCUCUGUGUCUUUGGCUGCCUGGGCUCUCACCCCUGAAGGAUACAAGUGGGGCGCCGAGAACAAAGACAUGAGCUCUGACCAGCCACAGGGCUUCUCUACUAGCAUGGGAGAGAAAUGCCAGCUGCUGCUGAGUGAUCGCAUUCGCGGUUACUUCUUGGUGCCCGAGGAUAAUCUGUGGAACUACAGUUUCAUGGGUAGCUCGUUUGGCAGUGUCGAGAAACGACCCAUCUAUGUCAAGAUCGAUACUCCACUCCGCUUCUACGAUGACCAACACCGCCCUCUGCACUUCCAGAAUUUCGCGGAACUGGAAGACAUUUGGGUGGAUCGGACAGAUAACUUUGAGUAG